CAAACUCAUAGAGCCACUAAACUCUUCAUUUCCUUCUAUGACAGUUCUCAAAAGAACACACAUGACCCUAAAUCACGCUGUGCAGUGUGCACUACAGUGCUGUGCGGUGACUGCUGAGCACGUCGCGCGCUCUGCCGCUCUCUCCCGCGCGUCCCGAUGACGUCAUGCGGCGCGACGCUCGUUUGUUUAUCAGCCAUAACUUGCAGCAGAAUCGCAUCGUGUUCAUUUCACACAACCUGCACAAGUUUCGAGGAAUAAACGCGCGAGUUUAUAUCGCACCGACCCCGAUCUGUUGCUAUCUCGAGCUGCAGCGCGCUUCCGGUCAGCGGUGACAUCACAUCAGAGUGUUUCCGGCGUGUUUUGUGUUGUAGUGAGUUAAAUCCAGAUUAAGCGUCCGAAACUGCAGACAGGGGUUUGGGGGAGAUGUCGUCUUUCUCGGAGUCUGCUCUGGAGAAGAAGCUCUCAGAGUUGAGUAACUCGCAGCAGAGCGUUCAGACUCUCUCGCUGUGGAUCAUUCACCAUCGCAAACACUCCUCGCUCAUCGUGAAAGUGUGGCACAGAGAGCUGAAGAAGGCUAAGACCAGCAGGAAGUUGACGUUUCUCUAUCUGGCGAAUGACGUGAUUCAGAACAGUAAGAAAAAGGGCCCGGAGUUCACCAAAGACUUUGAAAGCGUGUUGGUUGAUGCCUAUUCACACGUGGCGAGCAGGGAUGGAGAUGACAACUGUAAAAGGUCCAUGGAGAGGCUGUUGAAUAUCUGGCAGGAGCGAAGCCUCUACCGUUCGGACUUCAUACAGCAGCUCAAAUUGGCCAUCGAGGAUUCGGACAGCCCUAAACACAAGCCUGCAGAUGGGAGGAAAAACUUAAAGAGAAGCUACCAGAAGAUCCAAGAGGAAGAGGAGGAGGAGGAAGAUGAUGAUUACAGGGCUCAGUAUUCUCCACAAGAGACUGAUGCUGCUGCUCCUCAGCUGACGGAGGAACUGGUGAAAGCCCUUCAGGAUCUGGAGAACGCUGCAUCCGGCGAUGCAGCCGUGAGACAGAAGAUCGCCUCCCUGCCGCAGGAAGUGCAGGACGUCUCUCUUCUGGAGAAGAUCACAGAUAAGCUGGCAGCAGAUAAACUCUCGAAGACUGUAGAUGAGGCGUGUCUCCUGCUGGCCGAGUAUAACGGACGUCUGGCGGCCGAGUUAGAAGACCGACGGCAGCUAGCCCGUAUGCUAACGGAAUACAUCCAAAGCCAGAAAGAAGCGCUCAGCGAGAGGGAGAAGAAACUGGAGGAAUUCAAGCAAAAACUCGCUCGGGUCACACAAGUGCGCAAGGAACUUAAAUCCCACAUCCAAAGUCUUCCAGACCUGUCUCUCCUACCUAAUGUGACCGGUGGUCUCGCCCCGCUCCCGUCCGCCGGAGACCUCUUUUCCACUGACUGAACGUCUGUCAAGCGCCGGCCCUCUGAGACUCAAAGUCCCUCUAAGAUCUGAGACUUCAGAAAUAUCUGAACCAAGAGCGGAGCCCGAUUCUGAUGCCACCAGCCGAACGCUCUCUUUUGGUGAUCUUCCUGCAAGAGCGAAACCUCGACGCCAUCGAACUCAUCAGUCAAUUUGAAUGAAAUGUGAUUCAGAGUGUGAAAGUUUUCCUUUGAGUGAAGUUGUUGUGAAAAAGGAAAAGCCUUUGCUUUGUGUUAUGUCAGUAGAUAUUUAGUUUUAUGGCUUCCGUGGAUAACUUUGCGUUUGUGGUUUUGGAAACGACUGAACGUGAGAAUUAAAUUUUAAACAAAG